GAGGCGGCGCCGAGCGUUGGGACGGCCUGCGGCCGCCGCGGCCCCGACAGCCUUUGUGGGCGCGGGCGGGCACCCCGCGCCUGUCACCGGCCCCCGGGUCGGGCCCUGGACUCUCGACCCCCUCGGACCGCCCCCGCGCCGCCGCCGGUGCCUCCGUUCGGGCUCGCCGCUGCCCGCCGUGGACGCCGGGCCAGGCGUUUCCUCCCGGGUCCGCCCUGUGCGCGCCGUGCGGGCCUCGCGGACUCGGGGCGCCGGGACCCCGAGCGCAGGGCGGACGCAGCCGGGCCCCGGUUUCCGUAUCCGUCCCCAUGAUGGCCGCCCCUCCCUGCUCGGGCCCGCUGACGCGGUCCUCUUCAGAGCCGUUUUCUGUGCAGUCAGAUGGUUCCGUGGCGGGAGGCAGAGAACCGGGUGGGAAAAGGCUUGAGGGGGAGGAGGUCGUCCCGGGCCCGCCGCGCAGGGGCGCGCACGGGGCAGGUGCCCACACGGGGCAGGUGCCCACACGGGGCAGGUGCCCUGGCGCUGCCCCGGUCUCCUGAGCGGCGCAGUGGGUGCUGGCGGUGCCACCUGGCGCCGAGGGCCUCCGCGGCUCGGGGCGGGCCCUGGUCCUGGGGGGCGCAGCGGGCUGCUGCCGCCGCCGCGGGUCCAGCGUCCGGUCCGGAGGCCCAGAGCCCACGAGACCCGGGCCUGGACGGGCGCCCGGCGCUGCUCCUCCGCGGGCUCCGGGCGCCUCCCUCUGCGGACGCGGGGUGGGAUUUCGGAGCUGAGGGUUCCAGGGCUGGCAAGCAGAAGGGGCUUCCUCCUGGCUUCCUUUCUCUUCUCAGAUCCGCCUUCUGGAGACUGCACCGCCCUCAGGGGGGAGCCCAGGAAGAGGACAUGGCUGCUGGGCAGCGGGCAGCGAGGCCCCAGGUGUCACUGACGUUCGAGGAUGUGGCUGUGCUCUUUACCCGGGAUGAGUGGAGGAAGCUGGCUCCUUCUCAGAGAAACUUGUACCGGGAUGUGAUGCUGGAGAACUAUAGGAACCUGGUCUCACUGGGACUCCCAUUUACCAAACCAAAAGUGAUCUCCCUGUUGCAGCAAGGAGAAGAUCCCUGGAAGGUGGAGAAAGACAGUUCUGGCGGCUGCUCUCCAGGAUGUAAGAGCAAUCCUAAAAUGACAAAGACAACUCAAACUCAGGAUUCAUUUCAGGAGCUGAUGAGGAAAAGACUGAAAAGGGAUGAACCCUGGAACUUCAUAUCGGAGAGACCCUGCAUAUAUGAAGAGAAAUUAAAGAAACAGCAAGACAAAAAUGAAAAUUUACAAAUAAUUUCAAUUACCCAUACAAAAAUUCUCACUGUAGACAGAAGCCAUAAAAAUGUUGAAUUUGGUCAAAACUUCUACGUAGAAUCAGUGUUCAUCAAGCAACAGAGAUUUGCUAGAGAGAAAACUCUGUCAAAAUGUGAAAUACAAAGAAGUAGUUUCAAGCAGAAUUCAAGUUUACUUAACCAAUCAAAAAUCAAGACAGCAGAGAAACGCUAUAAAUGCAAUACAUGUGAAAAAGCCUUCAUUCACAAUUCAUCUCUUCGUAAACAUCAGAAAAACCACACUGGAGAAAAAUUAUUUAAAUGUAAAGAAUGUUUAAAAGCCUUCAGCCAAAGUUCUGCUCUUAUUCAGCAUCAAAGAACUCAUACAGGAGAGAAACCCUACUUAUGUAAAGAAUGUGGGAAAGCCUUCAGCCAUAGUGCAUCCCUUUGCAAGCAUCUAAGAACCCAUACUGUGGAGAAAUGCUAUAGAUGUAAAGAAUGUGGUAAAUCCUUCAGUCGAAGGUCUGGCCUUUUUAUACAUCAAAAAAUCCACGCUCGAGAAAAUCCCCAUAGAUAUAAUCCAGGUAGGAAGCCAUCCAGUUAUAGCACAUCCCUUUCUGGAUGUCAGAAAGUUCAUCUCAGAAAGAAGUCCUACUUGUGUAAUGAAUGUGGCAACACCUUUAAGUCUAGCUCAUCCCUUCGUUAUCAUCAGAGAAUUCACACCGGAGAGAAACCUUUUAAAUGUAGUGAAUGUGGGAGAGCCUUCAGUCAGAGUGCAUCUCUUAUUCAACAUGAAAGAAUUCACACUGGAGAAAAGCCCUAUAGAUGCAAUGAAUGUGGGAAAGGCUUCACUUCUAUUUCACGACUUAAUAGACACCGAAUAAUUCAUACUGGAGAGAAACUGUAUAAUUGUAAUGAAUGUGGUAAAGCCUUAAGUUCCCACUCAACACUUAUUAUUCAUGAGCGAAUUCAUACUGGAGAGAAACCAUGUAAAUGUAAAGUAUGUGGAAAAGCCUUCAGACAGAGUUCAGCUCUCAUUCAACAUCAGAGAAUGCAUACUGGAGAAAGACCCUAUAAGUGUAACGAAUGUGACAAAACAUUCAGGUGUAACUCAUCCCUUAGUAAUCACCAGAGAAUUCAUACUGGAGAGAAACCAUAUCGAUGUUUAGAAUGUGGGAUGUCUUUUGGCCAAAGUGCAGCUCUUAUACAACAUCAGAGGAUUCAUACAGGAGAAAAACCCUUUAAAUGUAAUACAUGUGGAAAAACUUUUAGACAAAGCUCAUCACUUAUUGCACAUCAAAGAAUUCACACUGGAGAGAAACCCUAUGAAUGUAAUGCAUGUGGAAAACUCUUUAGCCAGAGGUCAUCCCUCACUAAUCAUUAUAAAAUUCACAUUGAAGAGGACUCCUUAAAAGCUGAUUUGCAUGUGUGAAAGCCUUAAACCAAAACUCAUCAGAGAAUACAUGCUUGAGAAUGAAAUAGAGAAAACUUUUAGUUCUCAUCAGAUACCAAGUUUUAAGAAUAAACUUUAGCUACGUAAUGCAUAUAGGAAAAGCU